GAUCUAACUUUACACCAGUCAUUGGCAGUAUUUGUUCCCGUGGCCGCAGCUUUGGUUCGUCUAUCUCAUAAUUGAAAGUUUGGUGCAAAAACUAGUUUACUAGAUAGACGAUAUUUGUGUUUUGUGAGUGUAGACCGCGAAAUAGUAACUAAAACUAACUAGAUUUGUAACUGAAGGAACUGAUGUUCGGCUAAGAAUUAUGUCGGAUAUUGGUGCAGGAUUACGAUCGGUCACACGUCAAGUCAGCUGACAUAUUGCGCCCUGCUACACCGCAACAGCUCUUGGUUCCUCAGAUUGAAGUAAUAUCGAGCGCUCGAGCGCGAAGUUGCAUACAAAGAGCAAGAAAGAGAGAGAACGAGAAGGAAAGAAAGGAAGAGAGAAAGAGUUAUUUGGUAACAUUUCGUUUUAGUUGUGGAGAGAGAGAAGGGUCUUAAGAGACAAAGCGAACGCGCGCAUCGAGAGUGGCCAAAGCGAGAAUUGCGCCGCCGAGAAUUACAAAGCACAAGUCAGAAGGGAAGAGAGCUCCCCCGACCGACGGUCGACUAUCGGUCGUAACUGCACGUCAUCUAACGUGUCUUAACACGAUAAGGAUAGACGAAGAACCUACUUAAAUGCCUCGAACGAAUUCUUACUCCAUGUUGUGCGUUGGUUGCGACACGACUGCGUGUUGGAAAGUGAAUGUAUGGUGACACGCGGUCGUGAAGGAACAACUGGAGAGCGAGCUGUGGCAAGACAACAUUAAUUAUCUCCUACUUAGUUGAUUGCAACUUGCUCGAUAUUCUUUCGAGUAAUUGCAAAUAGGAUAAAAAUAAGAACUUGUUUAAUCAUUGAGGUUCUAUUGAGAUAAACAAAGAAAAUGGAGCGAGAAUCUAACCCUAUGCAAGCUCUAUGUCGCAGCGGUUGUGGAUUUUAUGGCUCUCCAGCCACAGAUGGCCUUUGUUCUCUUUGUUAUAAAGAAAAUCUAAAAAAGAAGCAGCAACCUCCUGUAUCAGCUGCCACUGUACCAACAUCACAGACCGUCUCUGGUAACGCUGGUACGUUGCAGGGCGGUUUCGGUAGUCCUGCAGCUACAGGAAAUACAGCCCAACCUACCAUUCCUACCAUACCUCAAUCAACAACAGAUCUACCCAAUCCCAAAGAAAUAAAUAGGGAGGAUCAAGAAAAUGAAGUAGGUGUAAGCAGUGGAGCGGUAGCAGAAGGAUCUGUGAGUAGUGGGGAUGCAGAUGAUUGCUUUGAUGGCAAAGAGACUGACAAAGAAUCUAAGAAGAAGAAAAAUCGUUGCGCCGUGUGUCGCAAAAAAGUUGGUCUGACGGGAUUUGAAUGUCGUUGUGGAGGACUGUUCUGCUCUGUGCAUCGAUACAGUGACAAGCAUGAUUGCAAAUUUGAUUAUAGAGAAAUGGGCGCUCAAGAGAUUCGGCGCAACAAUCCAGUUGUUGUUGGUGAAAAAGUGCAAAAAAUUUGAACUAUUUAGUGCGUAGAUCGUUGGGAAAAUGGUUAUAUAACUAUAUAAACAAAACAGAAUAUAAAACAAAAAAAACGGAGAAAAUCGAGAUAAAUUAUCUGGCAGCUGAUUGCACGUCGAGGGGCGAGACGGAUGAAUGUAAGGAUUGUGAAUGAAAGGGAAUAGGAAAUUAGUAUGAAAGAGUAUGAGAGUAAGAGAGAGAAAGAAACUGUAGUAAAUGUGUUAGAACAGUUAAGAAUGAAAGUAUGAAUUUAUGCGAGAGAGAUAGAAAAGAAAAACAUGAGAGAAUGAAAAUUUAAAAAAAAAAUUGGUUUGUACAUGAUAUGCAAAUAUAUAGGAUCGCCGAAAGUUAUAGACGAAAUUUUCCGAAGGAAGAAUGAAACAUAAAUAGAAAAGAAAGAUUAAAACGAAAAGUAAAAAAAGAAAAACAAACAAAGAAAUAGAAAUUAGAGUGCGUGCCGCGUGUACGAAUGCUUUGAGAAAAUUUUUGGAUGUUAGUGCCAUGUCAGAUUGUCAUCUAAGCGAGAGUUUUAAUCGAGAAUAUAUUUGGUUCUAACUGCUGCCAGCUUACUUAUUACCUUAUUAUUAUCUAUUACGGUUUAUUAUUAUUUUAUCUUAUGUUUAUUAAUUUACUUAAAAAAGAAAUGCAAAAUUCGUGUAUGGAAGUGUUUGUUUUUUCUUUUUUUUUUCUUUUUUCUUUCUUCUUUUUUUUUUAGAUUUAGCUUUAGGAAUAAAAAAUAUGAGAAUUCUUGGUGCAGUCUUGAUCGGUCAUGUUCUGAGACGUCUCAUCGGGAGUUCCGGGUUUUUGAAUCGAGAGAGAGAGCGAACGAAAGAGAGGAACAAAGAAAAUUUUUUAUAUGUAUAUAAUCUAUAUUUCUCUCUCUCUGUUUCGUUCGUAAUAUCUAAAAAGAAAGAAGGAAUGUUGCUUAGGUAGUGGCUGACGUUGAUGGGUGAUCACAAUCCUAGGUUAAUAAUUAGUCUAAUAAUUAUUAAGUAUAUUAGUCUAUUGAUUCAUAAAUAAUGCAAUGAAAUAUAAGUAGUACUGUGUGUUUAUGUCCAAUUUCACGUGAAUAUAACCAAACAUUAUUCCUUAUUAAAUAUGUUUCAAACUAUAUCGCAAAUCAAUUAUUUAUGCCAUGUGUUUAUGAAUCAUCAUAAAAAAAAGAAAAAAACAAAAUAGAGAUGUAAUAUUCAUCUGAUUAUCAGAAUAAUAUUUCCAAAAUAAAAUUAGGUUGUGUCACGUGACUCAUUCAAUCGGUUUUCUUGUUUUUUUUUUUUUCUAUUCUUCUAAAUAAAAUUUGUUAUAUUGGUGCUAAAAUACACUUUGUAUGAUGAAACGUCUAAAGAUCAGCCAGAUACAAAAACAAAAGAAAAAUAAUAACAAACGAGAGGCCCCUCGACGAAGGGACGACUAUCGGCCCUGUUAUAUCGAUUAAUAAAAAAAUAUUUCUCCGUUUGUCUUAACCAUUUCCUUCCGUGUUGCAAUACUUUUUAACAAAACAAAAAAAAAA